AAAAGAUUGGGCCUCUCUUUUUCAAAUGAUUUUGUGUUAUCGAAUUUUUGAGCUUUAACUUAGCCGAAGCCCAGUUAAGAGCAAUUCAAAAACUCGGUACACUUUCGAAGGCUUUUCUAGUCAUUUCACGAGAGAAAGAAUCGGCAAAGACAAAACAGCAUCGUUCGACGCUCGUCGUUUGGCCUUUCGCAGCCAAAGCCCACCGCCGCAUCUUACUUCCGACGGCUUCCUUUGGUCAUGAUUUCUUCAACCUUACGAAAUCAUAAUCACUAAUUGAGAAGAAAAAAUUACCAGAAAAAUUAAACUAUUAUUCUCACGGAUAACGCCUAAGAUCUUCCACACCGGUGACUUUUACACAGCUGCAGUGAAGUUAGGCGCCGGACUACGGCGGAGGGCGGCAAGGUUCGUCGCUGAGGUUAUUAAUAUUUGAAAUUUCAUUUUAUUUGAUUCGUUUGUUUUUACGAAUUCGAACUCUUUUAGCUUGUUUUAUUCGAAAGAACAAAAGAUAAGAAACUAAAGGAAGUAACAAAAAUUUGGGUAAAUAAUAUCUAUUACAGCCAGACAAGAGGGAGGAAACAUCAUAAAUAUGAAAAGGCUGUGUAAUUUCUUCUGCAAAGAGUGAAGUAAAGGAAGAGCUAGUUGAGGGCAAAGAUGAGGUUGCGUUGUUGUGCUCUUCUGUUGACAAUUUUUGUGGUCUUAGUUGUUCUCAGCUCUGCCUUAGAUGAUUCCGAGGUAAAUCGAAAUCAAGUAGUAGUUUCUAUGUUUUCUUUGGUUGCAGAAGGGUUAUUUUUCUCAAAUCGUAUUAUGUUAUUGGUUUUAGGUACACGGAGAUUUGAAUACUGGCGAAAAUGGGAAGGUUUUGGAUGCAGCAAAUGACACGAAUAGAGGGAAUGACAAGAAAACAGUGAUCCCCGAAGAAAAGAAAGGAAAUAAUCAAGCUGGUGAUGGAUCAAAAAAGGGGGCUGAGGGAAGUAAUGAUAGUUUGGCUGGUAAUGAAAAUGGGAAAAUGAACACAAAUGGUCCGGGGAAUGACUCAGGGGCUAAGGAGAAAGUUGAUUCACAGGGUGCUGGUAAACAGUCAGGGUCAAAAGGAACAGGUUUUGAGGAUGAGAAGGUGGAUGCUAAGGGUGGCGAUCAGAAGAGUAAAGAUAAUGGCUCUAAAGGAACUGGGAAUGCUAAAACGGGUGAUUCUGGUUCUGAGCUGAAGAAACCAGAUGGAGAGGAAUCUGCACAGAAGGGAGCUAAUGACAACGGGGAAAAGGAUGGCAAGAUUAAAGACAAGGCUAGUGGAGGUUCAAGUUCGGAAUCUAAAGAUGGCACUCUGGUUCAAGGGAGGAAGGAAAGUGGUGAAGCUUGUGAUUCUUUGUCAAAUAGCUGCUCUAUAGAUGAGAAGUCCAUUGUUGCCUGCUUGAGAGUACCUGGAAAUGAAUCUCCAGAUCUUUCUCUCCUGAUUCAAAACAAAGGGAAAAGACCUGUCACUGUAACAAUCUCUGCACCUGACUUUGUUAAGCUGCAGCAGAAGCAGAUUCAAGUGAAAGAGAAUGACAAUGAGAAGGUCAUGGUUACAGUGGGAAACGGGGAAAGCGACGAUAGUAAGAUUGUACUAAAAGCUGGAAAUGGCAACUGCAUGCUCGAUUUCAAGGGGAUGAUAGCACAGAGUUCUUUGAAAAGAGAUCCUGGCUUUAUCACCCAGCUCUCCUACGUCAACCUGGUGAAACACUCAUCCUCCUAUGUCUGGUUCAUUCCAUUGGCUGCAAUAUUGGUCAUAGCAUCGGUUUGGAUUGGCGUUAGCUUCAGGAGGAAGUAUGCUGCAACCAGGAACGGCUCUAAAUACCAGAAACUCGAGAUGGAGCUUCCAGUUUCUUCGGGAGUCAGCAAAUCAUCAGCUCCUCCUCCAAGUUCCAACGACGGAUGGGAGGACAACUGGGAUGAUGGCUGGGAUGAUGAUGAUGAAGAGGUGGCGAUGCCAGCAUCAUCUCCGGUAACUUCAAGCUUGUCAUCCAAUGGGAUUGCCCCAAGAAGGAUUGUCAAAGAUGGCUGGAAGGACUAGGUCUAUUGCAGAUGAAGUGAAUACCGAAUACUUUUGUUUUCCCUUCUUCCUCUUUUUAUUUUUUGUUUCAUCAUCUCUCUCUUAUAUAUCUUUUUUUUUCCCCUCUGUCGAGAGGGUUUUUUAGUUUUAAUGAGUACUAGUGUGCACAACAAUUUUUCCUCGUAAAGAAUAGCAGUAGAUAUUAGUAUUAUGAAGGGACGAUUGUUUUUGCUCAAUUUUGUCACCAAUUUUAUGGUUAUGUUUGAAUCUUACCAUGAACAGUUUAAGACUAACUCACAAUACUACUUUAACCCUUUUGAAUUGGGAUUUUGAUCGUGAUAUGUUUACAGACAUUGCAUUUUUU